CUUUAAAUUAAAACUCAACAAAUUUUUGUAUUCAGAUUAAAUUGAGUAUUAUCACGUUUUUUAUCCUAAACAAAUGGAUGGAUGGCGUCAACUAGCUCCAACAGAAACUUAAUAGACCUAUAUGUGGACACUACUAAGCCGGAGUGUGAUACAGUGCUACUUCCAGACAAUACUAUAUUUUGUUCCGGUCCUUUAACGCAAGUAGACCUUCUCUGUAAUCAAUCUACUUCCAGUAAAAUGACAGAGGUGGCAAAGAUUGGAAAUAAUCCUUUCAACAGUUCAAAGUCAAGUGUAAAUAACGAGGCCAAGAAAGAAGACCUUUACCUUCUCAACAGCAACAACAACGCUUUCGAGUCAGCUAUGGAAAGCAAUAGUGAAGUUGUGAAUGGAAUACAUGAUGAAUUCACAGACCUCAGUAAAACUAGAUCAGGUAUAGAAGCAGUUGAAGAUAUAACCGUAGAAGCUAACAUACACAUUGAAAAAAUAUCUCUACAAGCUGAUCAACAGUCAGAGGAUGUAACGGAAGCACUCAAACAAAAUGUAUAUGCAAAGGUGAACAAGCCAGUGAAGCAAAAAGCUGCUAAACCACAAGUAACAUUCCCAGAUGAAGAUAUCAUCCACGAAGAACCCACCUACCCCAACCAACCCUUUGCACCAAGGCUUCCACCUCCGCGAUCACCUUCCGGGGAGAAUCAACCACUGCUAUCUAAAAACAGGUUAGAUGCGGAGUUCAUAAAUGACUUUCCGGACGACUCUGUGUUCCAAACUUUGGUACGAAAUGCGGAAACAGCAAUCGACCGAGGAGUUUAUCCCGUUCGAAUCGCACAAGGAUCAAGUGGAAGUUAUUUUGUCAAAGAUGUCGAUCAGAAAACCAUUGGUGUUUUCAAGCCUAAGAACGAGGAACCUUACGGUCAAUUGAAUCCAAAAUGGACAAAGUGGAUGCAUAAGACUUGUUGUCCUUGUUGUUUUGGACGUGGUUGUCUCAUUCCAAACCAAGGUUAUUUAUCAGAAGCCGGAGCGUCAAUUAUCGAUUCCAAACUUGGUCUUAGUAUUGUUCCUAAAACUAAAGUUGUUCACUUGGCAAGCGAAACAUUCAAUUAUAACCCGAUCGACCGCGCCAAAACUAAAACAAAGAAAUAUACGUCAGAACACUUUCCUAAAUUUGGGAAAAAGUUCCACAGGAUUGGCCUUCCACCAAAGGUUGGGUCCAUGCAGACCUAUGUGGAAGGUUACAAAGACGCUGAGUUUUGGCUUCGUAAGUUUGAAGCCGAUCCUCUACAAGCUCACACAUCUAGAGAAUACCAACUUCAGUUUGAAAGACUUGUAGUUUUAGAUUACAUCAUUCGAAAUACAGACCGUGGUAACGACAACUGGCUUAUAAGAUACGACAAACCUGAUAUCGAUGACGAAAACGACGCUCCUGAGACUGAAUGGUCAAUGGUCACACGGCCUAUAGUGAAAAUAGCAGCGAUUGAUAAUGGUCUCGCGUUCCCAUACAAACAUCCAGAUUCUUGGAGAGCAUAUCCUUACCAUUGGACUUGGUUGCCAGAAGCUAGAAUCCCUUUUUCACAAGAGACAAAGGACUUAGUUUUAGACAAAUUAUCUGACAUGCAUUUUGUUGAGUCUCUGACUACGGAACUUCACGAGUUAUUCUCGCAAGAUAAAGGCUUCGAUCGGUCGUUGUUCGACCGGCAGAUGGCGGUAAUGCGCGGGCAGAUUCUUAACCUGUGUAAAGGUAUGAACGGUGGCAACACACCAGAGGAAAUAGUUAACAUGCGACCUGUUGUGAUUGAAAAAACCCGGGAGCUUUCGUUAGGCGGCAGACUGCGUACAAUGACCGAACACUUCUCACAGCGAAUUCAAGACAGAAAACCUUUCUUUUCUUGGUGCUGAGACGUGCUACUGACUUUUUCUUUCCACUGCAAUUCUUGCCCAAGUUUACUGAUCUUUGAAGCUUGUUGGAUCGAAAAUGGCGGCCAUAAAUUGGGACCACGAGCUCCCAUAAUCAAUUCUUUUCUCUCAAAUCAUCACGAAAUCUAGGAAGCAUCUUGAUUCGGCAAUCCCGUACAUGACAGAACUGUAGUCAGUAAGUUAGAACCAUAGUAAGUCAGUUUAAAUUCUAAAUCGCACUUCACGCAUCCGCAUUUUGUUUUCUUACUGAGAUAUUAACUUAUUCUAUUUGUAAAUGCGGGUGGUGCAGUAAGUCACCACAGUCGCUAUAUAGUUAUACUGAUGAAGCAUUAAUUCAUUAUAUAGCAGGGUGGGGGUAGAUGGGAUACCUUCAGCACAUAAUAUCCAAAUAUCCUGAUCGUGUUUUAAACAAUUACUAACGGUCUGUGGGAGUCGUGAAGAUCCGGUUUUAUAAUUCUUUAAAUGUUUUUUUACUACUAAAUGGGACGAGAAAAUAGAAUGAAAAGGUGUCCCAUCUUCCCCACCCUACUGUAGUUAUUUUCAAAAGCUGUGUGGUUUUUUAAUUUUACGUUGCUCAAGUCUACACCACGCUACAUUGAGUUGUUAGCGAAGAAUAUCUACAAAUACUUUUCACUUUUUGUCACGUUGAGUUACCUCGUACGGUUGUGGUAUAGUUUUCUGUGUUGUAAACAGAGUAUGCAGACCGUGGCUAGAGAACUAAUAGUCCUAACUUCUCAAACGCCAUUCAAAUUCAUGAGUAUUGGAAACGUAUAUUGCAAGUCAUGCGCUCUAUAUUUCAAUACUGGUCACUGGGCGUUAUACUCGUGGUCGUUAAAGUCGCAUUGGAAUAUUAAGAUGAUGUAUUAUGGAACUGUGUUUCUAUAACCGAAUCCUGUUUCACGAAUGGUGUAUUUAAACUGUAAAAUUGCACUUCGGGUUUACCUGUUGUGAAUAUAGAUCGUGUAUUCUAGCUGUUGUUGCGGUCAUUGGCGCAUUUUUCAAGAACCAGUUUUAAAUGGAUCUGAACAACGUUUCAGAGGGGUAUAUAUAUAUAUUGCUGUUAAGGAAAAAGCACCCAAUAAAACUUCAAACGUUUUA